CAGCAGCUCGAUCCUUCUCCACAUGACGUGCACCAUGCUGGUGAGCUCGCGCCAGUGUGGGUUCGCAUGCCACGUUGGUCAGCCGAUCAAGAGUCGCCAGCCAGGGUCAAGCUUCUGCUCCACAAAAUGCAGCGUAUCGGUCGAAUGUGUGGGCGUGAUCCACGCCCAGCGCUCAUAAGCAGAGCUCGCUGGUGGCCUUUGCACGACCCUUGGCACUCACCAACCUCAUCACCCACCAGGGCGCAUACAUUCGGUCAUCGCUCUCUGUACUGUCCAUGCUUUCCAUUCGCACUGCUCUGCACUCAGGAAUUAAACAAGCACCGCUCAGAAAUACCUUCUUGGCGCCAACACCGAGAAGCACUCGCACAUUUCACACAACACUGACCAGAAUGGCGGAUUCCAACUUUAAGCCUAUUCAGCUCUACACCUGGAGCACUCCCAACGGAGUCAAGGUGCACACUUUGCUGGAAGAGCUCAAGGCUGCUUAUCCCGGCUUCUCCUACGAUGCUCACUCCCUAGACAUUCUCAGCGCCGAUGAGCCCCAAAAGAAGCCUGAUUUUCUCAAGAUCAAUCCAAACGGAAGGAUUCCUGCCAUUGUCGACCCGAACCAUGAUAAUUUCAACGUCUUUGAGUCGGCCGCGAUCUUGCUCUGGCUCGAGAAGGCGUACGAUCCCAAGCACCUCUUCAGCUGGCCCUCUAGCGACCCCAACGCUGACAAGCUCCGCAGCGAGGUCCUUCAAUGGAUCUACUUUGUUCACGGCGGCGUCGGCCCUAUGCAAGGCCAAGCCAACCAUUUCAGGGGUCAAGCGACCGGUGCGAGCAAGAAUGUGAUCCCUUAUGCGCUCAAGCGCUACCAAAACGAGACGAGAAGACUGUAUAGCGUUCUCGAGGAGCGCCUUCAGGGUCGUGACUGGCUCGUUGGCGAAGGCAAGGGCAAGUACACGCUUGCUGACAUCAAUGCCUUUGGCUGGGUUUCUUGGCACGCAUUUGCGGGCAUCCCGCGCAGCGAUCUGGGGCCAAAUCUCCAACGUUGGCUCAAGAACAACUACGACCGACCAGCUGUUCAGGCCAGUAUCCUAGUGCCCGACAACAACCAAGAGAAGGUCAAGAAGCUGUUGGACCCCAACUUUGUUGCCGAGAAUCCGCCGCUUUCUUCUUCGCCGCGCCUUUGACAGAACCCAAAGCUGGACUAAAAGGGAAUCCGCAUUGAUGUUCCUACCUAGCAAACACGUGAAAUCACAUUUUUGCCUUCAA